AUGGAUGCCCCGGGAUCACUAGACAUGCACUUCCACAUGGUGCAGGUGCGAAAUACGUUCUUGGAGGUUCAGACGCAGGAGGACGUGGAACGGAAGUCUACAUCUUCGCGGCCACGCUCCAAGAGCUGGACUGGCUCCUCUUCCUCCAACAGCUGUAAUGAGAACAGUUCGGCAGAUGCCGAGAAGGAGCAGUGGUAUGCCGUGACCACGAGUGGACAGGCGCACCAUUCGGUCUUCGAAGAGAACUCUUCUUCAGCAUCUUCAGCUUUGGAGAGUGUGUCCACGUCCUGGGAGAAUGCCCUGCACGAAUUCAACAACAGUGCAGCGCCCACCACGCGCCGGCUGCAGCCUCCCCUGCCGCCUGCACCUGCACCGAAGGAUAACGCGCAAGCCGCGCAGGCGGUCCAGAGCCGGAUUGAGGCGAUUGAGGAGUUCUUGGAAGAGGAUUACCAACCGCAGUAUGGACAGUCGAUCGGCGCCAAGGGGCAUGGCCGGGGGAAAUGCACACCGUGUACAAGGAUCUUGGUUAGACCAGGAUGCGAUUUCGGUGCCCGCUGCAUGUUUUGCCACCUUGAGCACUCGCACCAUACGGACAGCAAGAAGAACCGCCAUCGUCCAUGCAAAGCAGCACGGCAACAGUACAAGCAAACAAUCCAGAAAGUUUACGAGGAGUACAAGGACAACCCUGAGAGGAAGAAGAAAGCUUUGGAAAAGAUUGCAGAGACAAGCCCCUACAUGCGAAGCCUGUUGAAGGGCUUGGGGGAGAAAGAUGAAGAUGAAGUCCUGGCACGCCUUGGACAGGCUGUGGAAGAGGAGCUAUCAGCUCCAAGGGUUCCUGGGCUCCAGCCACCAGGCGAAGUGCCGCUCAGCUCCGCAUCAGCUGCAUCAGCCUCGGCAUCUUCGGCAUCUCCAACUCCUAAGUCUCAAGGUGGCAAAUCUCUCAUUUCUUUGUAG